AUGCCACGCAACGGCCAGACUAGCCAAGACGAACAGCCUUCCUGUGACGAGCAGAAACCCCAGUGUGCCAACUGCAUACGAUUCUGCAUCCCGUGUGACUUGACACCUGCAGCAUGCGCAGCCCCUGGGCCGCCGACGACCUUGGCAUCGCCUGCCGGCGGCGGCGAUACUCAUCCCUCCCAGUCCCAGACCCAGACGUCUAUCGUUCACCGGCGCGGACGGGGACGACCACGCAAAGACUGGGGUGGCGCGGCUUCGUCGGGGGUGUCAUUGUCCGCCUUGGAGCAAAGCGUCAGCCCCAUCACUCACGUGUCCACGCCUGACAGCUCCGUGGCCGAAGCAGCAGCAGCGCCAUCGUCUUGCCAGCUCAACGUCACGGACGCCGAGCUCCUGCUCCACUUCACCUUGCACACGGCCACCAGCCUUGGGGACACCCCCACUGAUCCCUGGGGUGAGGCAUGGGCGCGCAACGCCCUGAAGGUCGGCCUGGCCCACCAUUUUGUGCUUCACCUCGCCAUGGGCCUGGCUGGCUUUCAUCUGGCCCACCUGAACCCGCACGACCACGACAGGCAAGCGCACUACUUGUCAGCAGCUAGAUGCCACGUCUCGUCAGGCCUCGCUGAAGUCGCUCGAACCCUGCCAAAUUGCGACGAGUCCAACUGCGGCGCCGUCUACCUGGCCUCGCUCCUUGUCAGCUACUGCAGCUAUGCCGCCGGCCCCUCGAGUCCCAACGAUCUCUUCGUCUGCAGCGUCGGCGACGACACAUCUCAGCACCGGCCUGCCCUCAUCUCCGGUACCCGGCUCCUGCGGGAGUCGUAUCGACACGACUCCCUCUUUUCUGGCCUCAUGGAGCCCUUUGGCCCUGCGACCCACUUCUCCGUCGACCCGCGGCCGACGUACUUAUGCCACGGCUUUCCACGCAUCGACUGGGUCGGCCCCUUUGAGGAGCUGCGUGAGUUGAUCGGCUCGCUCGACAGCCCCAACAUUUCCGUGUACGAUCAGGCCGUGGACGGUCUUGAGGUCGUCUACGACGCCACCUACGGACGUGGCAACGACACCUACGACGGCGACAAGUCCAACAAGAUCAUCUUCGGCUGGCUGUACCGCAUGGAAGACAGCUUUCAGGCCUGUCUGCAGCGGAAGGAUUCAGUGGCGCUCCUCAUCAUGGCACACUUUGCCAUACUCCUCAGGACGAAGCCGUUCUGGUUCCUUGAGGGCUGGGAAGAUCACCUGCUCCAUCGCAUCGCUGAGCUCACUGAUGGCCAAUUUUCAUCGUGGCUGCCGUGGACUGAGGGAAGACAGAAACAGGGGCUGCCUUGUGAGAUUAUGGAUGUUUGA